AUGGCCAUGACGACAAAACAACAAAAAAUUUUCAUCAUUCUCCUCUCAAUCAACAUCCUAAUCACCACCACAUCACAAGUCGAUCUAUAUUCAUACACAACAGUCAAAGUUCAAAACGACAUUAAUGAAAGUGAAAGCAGCAUCUCCACACACUGCUACUCCUCAGAAGACGAUCUCGGAACCCACCACCUCUCAGAUGGGUCGGCCAUCGAUUGGAAUUUCAAUGUAAACUUUUGGGGGACCACAAAGUUUUGGUGCGACUUCAACACAAAUCAUGGGUCGGGAAAUUACGGCGUGUACACGAGAAAGGUGCAUAAGCGGUGUGGAGACAUGUGCGUCUGA